GCGGGCCGGGCCUCGACCACCGUAGGCGAAAGGCGGGGGCAGGCUGCAGGGCGAUGUGCGUGGCGGUACUUUGUCGUCGCACAUGUCUUUGCACUUCAAUCUGCAGUGUUUGUGCUGGAAAUCGAAGGAGAAAGGGUCUGUGUGUGUGGGGGGGGCGGGGGGGGUGGCGUUGAUGCAUCCAUAAACUGUCGCCUAAAGGUGGCUGAGCUUGCUAGGCUAGCUGACUAGUGGGCUAGCUACUGAGCUGGCUCGCUGGUGAGCUUGCUAGCUGGCUCGCUGGUGAGCUGGCUGGCUGGCAGCGCAAAUGUAUCGCAUCGGUGGCCUGAUGCGAUGCAUGCGCACACGUGGACACGUAACAUGUGGAUGUGUCCUGCCGGUGGUCGCAACUCAAAGGGCGCUUCCAUAUGGCGCCGCUGCUUCCAGAAAGUCGACAACUCCGCGGCAUCUGCUUUUGGGCAAACGUAAUUUCAGCAGCGAAGGCUCCAAGUCUGCGAAUAACUCGAGUGCCAAUGAAGUGCCGGGUCACAAUCGAUGGCUAAGCACGCCACGUGUGGCCCUUGCUUCUGCAGUGCUUGGUGCAGCAGGGGUGGCAUGGAUUUCAGGCAGAGGUGGUAAGGAGGACACAACCAGUAGCCCUCCUAAACCCUCGGUGGAAGCGUCGAUUGCGGCUUUUCCAGCUGAACCCUUGGAGAGGACGGCGACAACGUCGUCUCAUGAUGAUGAUGGCGAGUCCGCCUCCUCAGAGCUACCCCAUACACCCACUGAUGAUGAUGGCGAGUCCGCCUCCUCAGAGCUACCCCAUACACCCACAGAGAGUAAAAGUCGGCUAUCUGUUUCCAGCGACGUUGAUGAAACAUCUGCCAAGGAGGACGAACCUGUAGUUGCUACUGAGCCUGUUGCUACUGAGCCUGAUGCAAAUGAGGAGGAAGAGGAAGGGGCCAAGUUAACCAGCACCACAGAUGAGACUCCGCUCCCGCAAGGGGAAGGCGAUAACAGCAGAGGGGAGAGUGAUGCUAAGGGAGCUGAUGCGAACGACCAAGAAGAGUUGGUUGUCGAUGUCGGCAGUGGAGAGGGGGUUGAGGGUGACGAGGGCAGUGCGAAGGGCAGCGUGAAAGUUGACGCCAGGAGUAUCUCUGAGCAAUCUGAAGGUAGGAAUCUGAGUGACGGGAGCGACCAGAUUCAAGGGGAUGAUCGUACCGCGAGGAGUGAAGAGGAAGCCCUCGGAGAAAGCAGUGGAGCAUCAGAAGGCAAGCAGUCGGAGGAGACCGGCAGCGCGCAGAGUAAGGAGGAGGAGGAGGAGGAGGAAUGUGGCUUUUGUGUGUUUCUUAAGGCAGGUCCCUGCGGCACUGAGUUUGAAGAAUGGCAGAAAUGUGUGGACGACACACAAAAGCAAGGGAAAGACAUAGUUAUGGAAUGUCUAGAAAAGACGCGCGUUCUGAAAGAGUGUAUGGAGUCACAUGUGGAGUAUUAUGGAGAGAUCCUUGCUCUCGAAAAGAAUGACGAGGCCCAGGAAAAAGAUAGCAGCAAGCAAAGUGAACAAAGUGAGGUGCAGGAUGACGAUAGCAGCCGGCAAAGCGAACAAAGUGAGCAGGCGGGGGGGAGGUUCAGUGAGGAGAAAGCACCGAGCUCAGCUGCAGAACCAGAAGGGAAAGCUGGCGACGAAGAGGGAGAUGACACAAUCAGGAAAGAAAACAAGGGCGGCGAUGCAGAGAGAGAUGACAAGGGUGCUGUUGGAGAAGGGGCAGGCACAGAAGGGGCGUCGGGUGGGAGGGCAAUUGAGGAGGAGACUGAAAAAACGGAGAAACUGCCCGAGGAGGCCGAUAGUGAUAAGGACGGUGAAAGCUCUGCGAAAGGAGACGGUGGUGAUGAUACAGAGACUGGAGCUGGGGGCAUGUCAACCGUGCGUUGUGUUGGAGACAAGUGUGAGUUUGUCCGAAGGAGGGUGUUGAGGAAGAAAAGCGCGGUUGAUGCUAGUAGCAUUGCUGCAAAUUCCUCGACUGACGAAGGCAUUGGGAAAGUGCCAGUGGAGGAAGCGAGUAAGGAUUAAGCAGAUCCAUUGAGGAAGACGUGUUUGUUUUGGACUUUCUUUUGGGGGUGUGCGGAGAGAGAGAGAGAGAGAGAGAGAGAGAGAGAGAGAGAGAGAGAGAGAGAGAGAGAGAGAGAGAGAGAGAGGACCAAGGUAUUGUGCUACCUUUCGUGUUGAACCGUUUCAGCGGCCAAUAGUGAAGUCUUUGGAAUUGUCCAGACCCCACACACGGGAUCGUACGGCCUUAUGGUUGGACGUGCCUUGUGCUGGGUGUCAAAUGAUGCUAAGUUGCAGAUAUCGUUUUGCGGCAAGUGACAUAUGUUUUAUAGAUAAAUGCACGAACGUGCAGGCAUUCAGGGGAGGGUGGGAGGUGGUAGGAUGAAAAAAGAGAGAGAGAGAGAGAGAGAGAGAGAGAGAGAGAGAGAGAGAGAGAGAGAGAGAGAGAGAGAGAGAGAGAGAAUCUAGGUAUUGUGCGACCUUCCGUGUUGAGCUUAGUGGAUCAUAUGGCCUCAUGUUUCAACGUGGCAUGUGCCCGGUGUCAAAUGAUCUGAGGUUGCAGAGAUUGAUUUGCGGCGAGUGACGUAGGUUUAUAGAUAAAUUCACGAACGUGUA